AUGACGCGAUCUGGCAAGGUUGAGUGUCAGGAAGAGCAGCAGGUCGCUGAGGAGAGGACACACCUCGAUGGUCAGCUGAUGGCUUUCCUCCCUGCUUUCUAG